CGAAUGGGUAUGGGGUUACUUCUUCCCUCCAUCUCCAUUAACGAUAAAACCUUCCUCUGUAAAACCCUAGUUUUUCCCAAACCCUCUUCCAGAACCCUAACAGCUACAAAAUCCCAAUUCUCACGUUCGACCAAAACUCCUUCUCUUUCUGUAUACUUCUCCCGUGGCAAAACGAACUCUGACAAAGAAGAUACAGUCCAAUUUGAUGAUCUCCGACAAAACUGGAACCUCAAAAGGAGUUUGUUUGAGAAACUCAAAGAUAAAGACUCGGACCCUGUUCGGAUUCUUGAAGAGGAUGGAGAUUGGAGCAAAGAACUCUUCUGGGCUGUUGUUGGAUUCCUCAAUCAAACCUCCAGAUCGAACCAGGUUCUCCAGGUGUUUGAUAAAUGGAAGAGUAAGGAUGAUUCACGAGUUAGCGAAUUCAAUUAUCAGAGAAUCAUAAGAUUCUUGGUUGAGGAGGGAUUAGUUGAAGAUGCAGUAUUGUCCUUAAAAGAGAUGAAGAAUGUUCAGAAUCUGCAGGCUUCAUCAGAGAUUUAUGAUUCAAUCAUCCAUGGAUUCAUCGAAAAAGGGAGAUUCGAAGAUGCAUUGCUUUAUCUUAAAGAGAUGGAAGAUCUCGAAGUGAAGCCACAUACGUCGACCUAUAAUGGGCUGAUCAAAGCCUAUGCGAAGAACGGUUUGUAUGACGAUAUGGCAACAUGUGUGAAGAGAAUGGAAUCGAAUGGGUGUAUCCCUGAUCAAUCUACUUAUAAUUUGCUGAUCAGAGAGUUUUCGGUUGCUGGAUUGAUCAAUAUGAUGGAAAAAACGCAUCGAAUUGUGAUCUCAAAAAAGAUGGAUGUUGAAGCUUCGACAAUGGUGGCAAUGCUCGAGGUGUAUAGUAACUUUGGACUUUGGGAUAAGAUGGAGAAGGUUUAUAAAAGGAUUUUGAGGUUAAGACCAAAAGUUUACCUGCAAGAUGAUUUGAUUCGAAAAGUGGCUGCUGUUUAUAUGGAAAACUGUAUGUUUUCUAAGUUGGAUGAUAUGGGUAUCAAUCUUUAUUCCAAAACAGGCAACACCCACAUCGUGUGGUGUUUACGAAUGCUUUCCCACGCUCGUCUUUUGAGCCGAACUGGAAUGGAGUCGGUGGGCCGAGAGAUGGAUUACAAGAAAGUUCAGUGGAGUGUGUCGGUUGCAAACAUUAUGUUGUUUGGAUAUGCAAAAAUGAAAGAUUUCGAACGUUUGAAAGUUGUGCUAGCGGAAAUGAGAGCUCGAGGUGUGAAACCUGACAUUGUUACAUGCGGGAUCUUGUGGGAUGCACACGGGUUCGGGUUUGAUGGGGUUGGUGAAUUGGAUUCUUGGAGAAAGAUGGGGUUUUUUGGGGAUCUUGUGGAGUUUAAAACUGACCCUUUGGUUCUUGAUGCUUUUGGAAAGGGGGGUUUUCUUAGAACUGUUGCAGAACUUGACCAUAGAAGGAGCAAAGUUUGGACUUAUGAGCAUCUUAUCGAGUUGGUCGAACAGCACCGACAUAAAAACUGAUGACGGGUAUGAUUUGCUGAAACGAUUGAACGCGAGUCUUGUUAGCAAAUUGGUGUUUUGUUUGGAUCAUGAUCGUGUCAGUAUAUGAUUGUAUGUAUAAAUGUAAUUCAUAUACUAUCGAGUAUGAAGACUUCACAAAAACCUAUGUUUAUGGCUUCAAUGGUAUCAGAGUGAAGAUCUACCAUUCUAGGGGUUCAAUACUUUAGUACAAUCAGUUAAACUU